AUGGUAAAAACUGAUGAACGGCCCAACUGGAUCCAGACAAUAGCAUAUGGAAUUCAGCAUGUUUUAGCCAUGUUCAGUGGAACUGUUUUGAUCCCAUUACUCAUGGGAUUCGACACCAAUACUGCCCUUUUCUUCUCUGGAAUCUCGACCAUCAUAUUCUUUAUUGUUACCAGAGGAAGGGUACCAUCUUAUCUCGGAAGUUCUGGCUCUUUUGUCAGUGCUGUAUGCGCAGUAACAGGAUAUGUUUACAGCCCGAGUACAUUCAACGAAAACAUGCCCGUAGCACAGGGUGGCAUUCUUAUUCUUGGCAUCAUAUACGUUGCUAUCGCCAUUUUUGUACUCGCAUUCGGCCAUGCCUGGCUAGAGUUUCUGAUGCCACCAAUUGUUACUGGUGCCAUUGUAAGUGGCAUUGGACUACAUCUUGCCUUCUCUGCCUUUACACAAGCUACCUCAAACUCCUUUGAUACAUGGAUGGCUGUUUCGACCGUUCUUAUUAUCAUGCUUUUGUCAGUCUAUGCACCUCUUCCCUCAAUACGCCGCAUGCAAGUAUCGGCAAUUCUUCUUGGGAUGAUUAUCGGCUACGUUAUCAACCUGAUCUGUGGUCUCAAGGGGGCUGGUCCCGCAAUUGAUUACACAUCUGUCAGUGCUGCUCCUUGGGUCCGUGGUCCGACUAUUCAUCAUGAAUUGGUGUUUGAUAGCAAAUCAAUCAGUACCAUUGCUCCUCUGAUUGUUGUAGUCUUGGCAGAGAAUCUAGGCCAUCUCAAGGCACUGAGUUCCAUGACCGAAAAACCAAUGGAGAAAUACCUUGGUGCUGCUUAUCUUGGUGAUGCUCUGUCAACCAUAAUGGCAUCCUUUGUUGGUGCUCCACCCAUGACAACCUACGCCGAGAAUAUUGGUGUUGUUGCUAUCACACGUAUUUUCUCACCAGUAGUAUUCCUUGUUGCUGCAAUUGUAGCAAUUAUUCUGGGCUGUAUUGCCAAGUUUGGUGCCGUAGUUCAUACCAUCCCACCUGGUGUGUUUGGUGGUGUAGCAUUCGUUCUGUACACAAUCAUAGGCGUGACAGGUGUUCGUAUAUGGGUAAUCAAUGAGGUUGAUUUCUUUGAUUCCCGGAACAUUUUUGUGGGGGGUAUUCCUCUCAUGUUGGCUGCUACUAUCCAAGUACCGGUACAAAUGAAUAAUUUCCAAUUGGACGGCAUUGGUGCUGCAACUUUCUCUUCUAUCAUUUUGUAUCACCUUCUGCAAGGUACAGAAGGUUGGAAGAAUUAUGGUAAAGCAGUUUGGCGCGUGUGUCGUCGACCUCUCAACCCUACUUCACCUGUAUAAAAAAAAACAUACAUGAUUUUUGUUUUCUUUAUUUUUAUUUUAUUUUAUUUUAUUUUCUGUUUUGUUUUGUUCUUUUCUGUUCUUUUUCAUUAUUUUUUUAAACAAAAAAUAUUUUCAUCACCAUAAUAUGUAAUACAAUAUAAUAACGUUUCAAUAAUAUCGUAAUAUUAAAUCAAGUUAAUUUAAGUUAAAUUAAUAACAACAAAUAAACAGCAGUAUCAUUAUGUAUAAUU